AAAACAGGAAGGAAUUGGUAGAAAUAUUCUGCCAAUAGUAGGACCAAGAGUGGAUAUUGUCCACCGGCUUCCAAAAAACAUUUAGUGGAGCGGCCAAACGACACCUCCCCCUGUCUCCUCUCCUUUUUUUCCCCCUCCAAUCUUAAUUAAAUUAGUAGUCUCUGAAACUACAGCAGAGAGUAUAUCAUUUCUCAAAUCCUUUCUACCCCCAAACACUCCCUACCAUCCAUCCAUCCCCCCCUUUAGCCACAGGGAAAGGCUACACACACACACGAGAGGGGAAGCACAGCAGUGCAUAGGGCUAGGCCGCCAGUCAUUAGUUCUUGGUGGGCAGGCAACGACAAUAGGCCGUGGGGAGACGCCAGCGUGAGAGGGAGCCUGGAGAAGAUUUGCCAGAGGAACAACGGAGAGCCCAGCGCACGGACGCACGCAAGGCACGCCGCACGCUUCCUCCUCUCCUUCCUCCCCGGGUUGGUGUGUUUUCGUUCCCCUUGGUUUGCCAGUGUCGGACCCAAAGGAUCUGAGAGCCGAGCAGAGGAUAGCAUCACCACCUCCUCCUCCUCCUCCACCACCACCACCACCACCCAGCACACUUGGUCCAGCAAAACAAGGAACGCAGAACUUCGCUGUGAUCGGAAACCUAUCUGAAGAGAGAUACACACACAAGGAGAGACUAGCUAGUGGUUAGCACAGGCUUAACGUGAGCUACUACCACUGAGGAAGAAAAGCCAUGAUCACACAAAUCUGGUCGGCCAUCUAGAUGUUUGUUAGCCGGUGGUCCGGGCUAGCCUUUCAUUAUCUGAGGGGAGCCAGAAUGCUGCCCUUGCUCAGACGACUGCCAGAGAAUAGUAGAGCUCUGUCUGGUUUCUCUACAGUCUCAGUCUCGCUGGAUGGAAGAAGGAAUAUCUAGGGGAAGAGGGAAUUAUUAUAUUCCACAAGGAGGGAAAGCCAUACGGUUGUUUUCUAUAAAAAAAAGGGUCUCGGACGGACCGACGGAGGGCAGCGUGGUUCUCAAUAAAGACCACCUUCAUAGAGACCACCUCUCCAGUGGAUCUCCAGUCGAAGCGUUCAGUGGCUUUUUUUUUUCUUCCCUACGGCGGGUAUGAAGAGUGAAUUAAGAAAAUGAGAAUUCUACCAAGUACAGUCAUGCUAAACCACACCAAAAAAAGUUCCCAGGGUGGUGAGACUGUUUCCAGGUCAUAGUGCAGUGGGAGGAGACUGGGUCGAGCUCCUCGUUUCCCCUGCCCUGACUAACCUUCUACUCCAACUUACUCCAACCCUGGUCCCGCAACCCUCUGAUACAAAUCGAGGAACCUUACCGACCCUCCCAGCUCUGGGUGUCCCUCUAGAGAAGGUCCCGUUCAACGUUAGCGCGCAGAACAACAACAACAACAACAACAACAAGAAGCAGCCGCGGGACUUGUUUUACGUGCUAUUUAUGUUCCCCUGACAACACCCAGACGAGUGGCUGCCCGCCUGUUUUCUCCAGCAGUGGUUCGGUGACCAAGCGAUGGCCAUGGUGAGUGGGGGUUGGGGAGAUCCAAAUGGGGGCACCAAUGGUUUUGGGGAUAAGAGCUACCUGAAGGGAGAGGAGGAGGACGGCUCGCCCCAGGCCGGGGGCAGCGACAUGGAGGCCGGGGAAGACGACAAGGCCUGCGUGGUGGACUGCGUGGUCUGCGGGGACAAGUCCAGCGGGAAGCACUACGGCGUGUUCACCUGCGAGGGCUGCAAGAGCUUCUUCAAGAGGAGCAUCAGGCGCAACCUCAACUACACUUGCAGGUCCAACAGGGAGUGCCAGAUCGACCAGCACCACCGCAACCAGUGCCAGUAUUGUCGCCUGAAGAAGUGCUUCCGCGUUGGGAUGCGCAAAGAAGCAGUCCAACGUGGGCGCAUCCCACCCCAGCCCAGCCUCAGCCCGUCCAUCACGCCGCUGGGCGGAGCCGGCGGGCUGGGCGGCAUCGGUGGCGAGUACUACAACAACAAUAACAACAACGGGGGCGGCGGCGGCGGCGGGGGCGGUCAGCCGGUGUCGGAGCUCAUCUCCCAGCUCCUGCGCGCCGAGCCCUACCCCAGCAGCCGCUACAGCCACCAGUACAGCCAGCAGGGCGGCGCCGACAACGCCAUGGGCAUCGACAACAUCUGUGAGCUGGCGGCACGCCUGCUGUUCAGCACCAUCGAGUGGGCCCGCAACAUCCCCUUCUUCCCCGAGCUGCCCGUCUCCGACCAGGUGGCGCUGCUGCGUCUGAGCUGGAGUGAGUUGUUCAUCCUGAACGCGGCUCAGUCGGCCCUCCCGCUCCACAUGGCGCCCCUGCUGGCGGCCGCCGGCUUCCACUCCUCUCCCAUGUCGGCGGAGCGCGUGGUGUCCUUCAUGGACCAGGUGCGCGUCUUCCAGGACCAGGUGGACAAGCUGACCCGGCUCCAGGUGGACUCGGCCGAGUACAGCUGCCUCAAGGCCAUCGCCAUCUUCUCUCCAGACGCCUGCGGGCUGACGGACCCGGCCCACGUGGAGUCCCUGCAGGAGAAGGCGCAGGUGGCCCUGACGGAGUACGAGAGGAUGCAGUACCCCAACCAGCCACAGCGCUUCGGGCGGCUGCUGCUGCGGCUGCCGGCCCUGCGCGCCGUGCCCGCCAGCCUCAUCUCCCAGCUCUUCUUCAUGCGCCUGGUGGGCAAGACCCCCAUCGAGACGCUCAUCCGGGACAUGCAGCUCUCCGGAAGCUCCAUCAGCUGGCCCUACGUCCCGGGACAGUAG